AUGGUCAAAUGUAAAUUUAAGAACGCUAUUAGUCAUGCGAAACAUUCACUUAACCCAGAUAGAGAAAAACAGCCCAAGGGAAGUACAAUGCGAACUAAGGCUACUAUUAAGCGACUUAAUAUGUACCGUAAUUUCAAGGCCAAAAGGAACAAAAAUGGGAAAAUAGUUCGCCCUGCACCUUUUCAAUCAACUUUACCCUCCGGUACAGUUGCACGGGUCGAGCCUAAUAGACGAUGGUUUGGCAAUACACGUGUUAUAAGUCAAGAUACGUUACAAAGUUUCAAAGAAGCGAUGAAGAUCCGAAAUCCCUACGAAAUUAUUUUACGUCAAACUCGCUUGCCUAUAUCACUUUUGGAUGAGAAGAAGACGAAAACUAAAAGUGCUCUUUUAACAUCACAGAGCUAUUCCUAUGUAUUUGGGGAUAAAGCACAGCGCAAAAGACCUUCGUUGGAGUUUGAUGAUCUGUCGUCACUUGUACAACAUGCUGAGUCAAAUCAGUAUUUGUAUAACUCGACGGAUGAUAAGCAUAUGGUUCGAUGUGAUGAUGGUGUCCGAGAAUUAACACAGGAUCCUCACUUCAAAGCUGGUCGAUCGAAGAGACUAUGGAAUGAGUUAUUUAAGGUUUUAGACUCUUCAGAUGUUGUACUGUAUAUUUUGGAUGCGCGCGAUCCAAUGGGCACACGAUCUCCUUAUAUUGAGAAGUACUUAAAAACUGAAAAACCACAUAAACAUUUCAUAUUCAUUAUCAACAAAGUGGAUUUAGUCCCUGUGUGGAUAACAAAACGAUGGAAAGCUAUCUUAUCUGAAGAAUAUCCUACACUUAUAUUCCACGCUGAUAUGACUAAGCCUUUGGGUAAAGUGGCUCUCAUGGGUCUUUUAAGGCAAAUGGCAUCACUUCAUAGUAAAGAACGACCACAAAUAUCAGUUGGUAUCAUUGGUUAUCCAAAUGUUGGAAAAAGUAGUAUCAUUAAUGCUCUUAGAAAUAAAAAAGUUUGUAAUGUCGCCCCGUUGGCUGGCGAAACAAAAGUAUGGCAGUAUGUUACUCUAAUGAAAUCUAUAUUCUUAAUCGAUUGUCCCGGAGUUGUCUAUCCUGAUGGUAAUACUGAAGCAGAAUUAGUUAUGAAAGGAGUUGUGAGAGUAGAGUACUUACAGCAGCCUGAUCUGUAUAUUCGUGAUGUAUUGGAACGUGUUAAACCAGAAUUUCUACAAGCCAAGUAUAAUCUACCACCAUUGUCAUCAGACGAUGUUCAGAAUUAUUUGCAAAAGCAAAUUACGGAUAAUGAAGUAAAUAAUGAAAGAAGUAAGGAUAUCAACUCAAUUUUAUCACAAUCCUCUACUACACCUUUAUUAUGGAAUGACUAUCCAGAAUUAUUUUUAGAAACCUUAGCUCGACAAAGUGGUAAAUUACUAAAGGCUGGUGAGCCGGAUUUAAACACCACUGCUAAGCGUGUACUGAAUGACUUUCAACGUGGUCGACUACCCUACUUUGUCAAACCACCUAUGGAGGCGGAAGAACUUAAACAGAAUGAUGUUGUCGAUGAAUAUCCGGAAGAAAUCAUCAAGGACUUAUCAAUGGACGUACCAGAUAAAGACCAAUCCAUUACUGAUGUGAUUUCUUCUACUGAUACCGGUUUCGCAGAUUUAUCCGAGACAGACUGUAGUGAUGGAGAGUUGGAAUCAAGUAACGUACUCAACUACGAUCUAAACACUAAUGAUGAUGAUAGUGUUAAAGCCAUAACAACUUCAAAGGAAUCAGUCCAGAUCUUGACAUCAAAACAAAAAAGAAGUAUGGACAGAGCUAUACGACGUCAGAAAAAUCGUGCAGGCCGUCAAUUUUACAAAGAAAUCCGUGAUCAGCGACCUGGUAGAAGUCCUGGAGGUAAUAGCCAAGAUCUAAGGAAACUAAAUUGCCGAUCCAAUGUUAAUAAAAGGCGCUAA